CUGCAUUGUUUUGUGCUGUUCCGUAGCAAGAGAGUACAUGUGGAAUUCUGUUCGGACAGGACAGAACAACGACUUUCAUUCUGCGAAAAUGGCUAAAAUAUCGUUGCUGAGAGUGCUUCUCAAUGAACGAUUAACAGCAGUUGCUGAUGAGAUAUUUGGGGCUGUUGAAAAAACGGUGGCAGAGUACCAGGAAGAAAUCUAUCGUUCUAAGGAGGAGAACGAGAAGCUACGGAGGCUGCUUGAUAUCGUUCUUAAACCAGAUAUAAAGUUGCAUAGAUCGGACCUACAGCAGCUCACUGUCUCUGAAAAGGUUCCCCCUGAACAGCAGCACUGUGAACAGGAGUUGAACCCCAGUCUGGGGCAGGAGGACCCAGAGCCCACACAGAUUAAUGAGCAGGAGCUCAGGACCAGCCAUGGGAGAGAGCAGCUUCAUGCUCUGGAGUCAAAAGACCCUAAUGUUAUAUUCACAAUUGCUUGUGUCAAAAGCUUGUGCCAGAAUCAGGUCUCAACUGAGCCUUCACAUCUUUACCAAACCCAAAGUGAGGAAUAUGAACAGGGACCCUCUCUACCAAGCACUUCAAUAGAACAGAUCAAAACAGAACCUGAUGGAGAGGGCUACAUGUCAUUAGAACCAACCAGUGAACCUCAGCCCCUCUCUGCAUUUAAUCACUAUUCUGCUGUUCAGCGUGAAAACAGAGUAAUCCUCAGUGUAGAUCGUGUGGCGAGUGGAGAGCUUCCAUCAGGGUCAAAGCCACCGGAAUCAAAGAGAGCACGGGAUCGAGGCCCCGCUGCUGCCACAGGCCAGGCCACAGCAAGCCAGUCCCUGGACCCCACUCUUUCCUCACCACCUUUCCACCGCCCAGCUGUGCCCCGGUCCAUUGCAUGGCGCCAAAAGAGGAAGGGGGAGGAAUAUGCACACGCCCAGCAGCAGGGCGCUCUUUACCCAAAACGCUCAAAUGUAUACCGCUCGAAGGUACAUCCUGACAUUUCCAUUCCUCAUCUGACACCAGAAUAUGACGAACUGCUCACCAACCGCAGCGGGGGCCGUCCGGACCGCUAUGCUGUUUUGCUAUUCCGUGCAUGCGUAAGCGAAGAGAGAUACCGCGAGUGGGAACAGAAUACCAACUGGGAUGGAUCACGAGGAAAAUUUGGCUUGCCAGUGAACCUCCGAAUGUUCAUCAGGACCACUGUGUCUCAGAAGUUUCCUUCCAUGAGUGAUGUAACCCGAAAAAACAUAAAAGACAGAGUAAAUGAGUACUUGAGGUCACCGAGGAAGUCUGGACAUGGACUGCUCUCGCUUAUCUAAGGAAUUAGGCAUAUUGCAGACCGAUCUCAUAAUCACUUCCUUUCCUAGCUGAGGUGAUUACAAACAGCUGCCUACAGUAUGUACAGUAAAACUCUCAUUGUCCUGUUUCGCACUGUACAGUACCUUAAUACAAAUCUGCAUUUAGAAAUGUAAAAAAAAUAAACGAAUUUCAAUAUUUUAUUAAUUAAAACACAGAUGUUAAUGAAAAAGUACUCUAGAUUCUAUCUUUUUAUUAGAAUACUGGCCUUACUGUAGUGAUGGAGGCUGGUCACAGUUCACGCCUUGAUGAGCCAUUAAAUUGAACAAUAGCUAGCCAAAACUCUCAGAGUACCACAGUAUGAGUAAUAAUACUGAAAUGGUUCAAAUCGUUUUUCCACCAUUUGUUUUUCCCAAUAGGGGAUUUUAGAAACAAUUCAAAUAAGGGCUGUGUUUUACGGGAGAGUAUUAUGGCCAUGUGAAGAUAAAGAAAUCUAUGGGUGGUGGUACUUGGAUAUUUAUUCUCCUUGCAUCAGUAGGAUUUAAAAAAAAAUUAAAGUGACAAUAUUUUGAGAAUAAACAUUUAAUUUAGGCAAAGUCAAUUUCGAGAAUAACGUAGACAUUUUGAGAAAGUUAUAUUUCAAGAGUAAAGUAUGGGAUUUGGUUAUUAAGCACAUAACCAUAUAGCCCUAAUCCCUCUUAACCUAACCUUAUUUUAACCCAUUUGUAAAUAGGUCAUGGUAGAUCAGGAAUUCACCAUUUAUCAGCAUAAAAUAUCCCAUAUCAUACAUCUAACUCUCCAUUUCAUUCUCUUAAACACAUCCUGCUCAGUUUACAUAUAGGCUUACUCUGCCAACUCCUCCUGCCCCUGCUUUACCUCCCUCAUCUUCACUGACCUCACUCCCACUUGGACCCUCUACAACAGAAGACAAGUGUUGCCAGUAUGGAAAAGCAAUAAGAAUGUGUCUUGUACACAAGUAAAUAGCCUGUGGCAGAGAUAAACUGCACAGUCAUGUUGCAUCACUCAUUUGACAAUAUUCAAGUUAAGGCUAUUGGAAACACUUCAUAGCAAAACAUAACAUGUGUGACUAACUUUAUUUUCCCAGAAGGAAUUUAAUUUGUGCUGUCAGAUACAUCAAGCACACUUUAAUUUAAAACACACAACAGUGCAUUAUUACAUAAAAAAACAGGGCAUGUGUACAUUAGCAAAUAAAAUACAGUGCAUGCGGGUGUAGCCUAUUAAUAAAUGUAUCCAUAAAUCGCUAAAUAGGCAGCCAGGGUGCCAAGGAGGAUAGUGCAGCACUCACUCAAUAGCCUAAUGGAGGCAGGUAUAAAGCUAGAAGCCACUUCCACUAUCCUGGGCCCCAAUGGUAGGAAGGCAUACUGGUUAGAAAUUAUGUCCUUGCCCUUUUUGUGUGCCUAUUCUUGUCUUUGAGGCUGCAUAGCCGGUUACCUACUAUCUUGAAACUCACUUCUUUCAUUUACUUUUCCAGCCUGUUAUAGUUUGUGACCCUGUGUUACCCAGCACAGUGAGGGGCAAGAAGCAGUGGACUGGGCCAGGCAGGACUGGUUCUGAGCCAGGCAGGUGGUUGGUCCUGGCAGCAGGAAAGAAAAAAGACAACAUGAAGAUACAUCCAAUGUAGUGUAUAGUGCAACGACAUACGGUGCCUUCGGAAAGUAUACAGACCCCUUGACUUUUUCCACGUUUUGUUACAUUACAGCCUUAUUCUAAAAUGGUUUAA